AUGAGCCAUACGAAAAAACAUAAACGACAUCAUUAUAAUUCGGAUGAUGAACGAAAUGAAGAUGAACAUCGUAAAUAUCAUCGAUCAAAACCAAUAGAUCAACCUAUUGAAGAACCAAUCAUUGAUCCAUCAUUUGAUUGGCUUGCUCGACGUGAUUAUAUUACAGAGACAUAUCUUAUUGAUAGUCCUAUGUUUAGUUCUCCAAAAGAUCUUGAAGAUUUUUGGAAAUUUGUACAAAAAUAUCAAUUAUUUCAACAACGACGAAAAACACAACCAUCUAAAUCCAUAUCAACUAAUACUGAUCAACAACGAUCAAAUAUAUUAAAUAUACCAAUAAAUUAUGAUAAAAAAUAUCGUUUAAAUAUAUCUAUAACAAUAAAUAAAUCAUUAAUAAAUAAUGUUCCACGUUAUGAUAUGACUGGUGAGAAAAUUCUCGAUCAUUAUCGUUUGUCUUCUGUACGAUUAGCUGAAUUUAAAUCAAUAAUUGAAUAUUAUUUUGAUUUUAAUCAAAAAGAAAAAUUUAAACGUAUUCAUAAACUUCGACAAGAUCAAAAUAAUUUGCCAAUUGCAAAUCAUCGUCGAGAAAUACUUGAAGAAUUAAAAAUUCAUCAAGUUAUUUUAAUUGCUGGUGAUACUGGUUGUGGAAAAUCAACACAGAUUCCAAGAUUUUUACUUGAAGCUGGUUUUGAUAAAAUAGCUUGUACACAACCAAGACGUAUUGCUUGUAUUUCAUUAGCUAAACGUGUUAGUUAUGAAACAUUAAAUGAAUAUGAUAAUCAAGUUGGAUAUCAAGUUCGUUUUGAAAAAACUCGAGUAAAAUCUACUCGAAUUAUAUUUAUGACAGAAGGUAUUCUUUUACGUCAACUUCAAACUGAUUCAUCUUUAUCAGAUUAUGAUAUAUUGGUCAUUGAUGAAGUUCAUGAACGUCAUUUAUUUACUGAUUUUAUAUUGGGUAUUAUUAAAUGUUUAAUAACACAACGAAAAGAUCUUAAAGUUAUUCUUAUGUCUGCAACAAUUAAUAUUGAAUUAUUUUCAAAUUAUUUUGAAAAUUGUCCUGUUGUUAAAGUACCAGGUCGUUUAUAUAAAAUUCAAGUUAAUUAUCAUCCAAUUAAAGUUGAAGAAUCAGCUGGAAAAACAUCAAAGAUUGAUGCAAAACCAUAUUUACGUAUUUUGGAACAAAUUGAUAAUAAAUAUCCAUCAACAGAUCGUGGUGAUAUGCUUAUAUUUUUAAGUGGUAUGGCUGAAAUUCAAGGAGUUAUGGAAGCAGUUCAAUCAUAUGCUCAAGAAAAUCGACGUUGGAUUGUUCUUCCAUUACAUAGUGCAUUGUCACUCGAAGAACAAGAUAAAGUAUUUGAUAUGCCACCUGAAAGUGUACGUAAAUGUGUUAUAUCAACAAAUAUAGCUGAAACAUCAGUAACAAUUGAUGGUAUGCGUUUUAUAAUUGAUUCUGGUAAAGUUAAAGAAAUGUCAUAUGAUGGAAAAUAUAAAAUGCAACGUUUACAAGAAUUUAAUAUAAGUCGUGCUAGUGCUGAACAACGUAAAGGUCGUGCUGGACGUACAGGACCUGGUGUUUGCUAUCGUUUAUAUAGUGAACAUGAUUAUUUAAGUUUUCAAGAAUAUUCAACACCAGAAAUUCGUCGUGUACCACUUGAUUCACUUAUGCUACAAAUGAUUUCUAUGGGUUUAAAAGAUCCAAGAAAAUUUCCAUUUGUUGAACCACCAGAUAUGACAGCUAUUGAUAGUGCUUUACUUCGUCUUCAAGAACAAGCAGCUUUAUCAACAAUUGAUUGUUCAUUAACAUCAAUUGGUUCAAUGCUUGCUCGACUUCCUGUUGAUGUUUCUAUUGGAAAAAUGCUUAUAUUUGCUUGUAUUUUUCAAUAUGUUAAUCCAAUAUUAAUAAUGGCAUCAGCAUUAAGUAUACAAUCACCAUUUCUUAGUUUUCUUCAAUGUGAUCCUGAUACAAUAACACGUCGUCGUCCAAUGAUGUCAAAUCAUGGUGAUCCAUUUACAUUAUUAAAUCUUUUUGAUGAAUGGAUUUAUGUAAAAUCUGAAGGACAAAAUACUCGUACAUGGUGUAAACGACGUGGUGUUGAAGAACAACGUCUUUAUGAUAUAACAAAACUUCGUCGACAAUUUCAAGAGAUUCUUCGAGAUUAUAAUAUGGAAAUUGAUUAUCAACAAACAAAACGACGUACAACCCUUGAAAAACGUGAACAUUGGAAGAAAAAACAACAAUUAAAAGAUCUUAGAUCAGAACAUGAUAAAGAAUCAAAACAAAGAAAAUUUCUUAAAUUAGAAGACUCAUCGUUAAAUGAUUCUAUGACUGAUGAUGAUAAUUUAACAAAACAAGUAAUGAAAACAACCGAUAAAAUUCGUGAUAUUGAAUUUCGUCUUAUUAAUGAUGUAUCAGCAUUAAAAGAAAUGUCUACUGAUAGUCAAAAUUAUCGAUCAAAAGAUAUAAAUAUGCUUACAUUAAUACUUUGUUCUGGUCUUUAUCCACAAGUUGCAAUUGCUGAUGAAUUUAAUAAUUAUAAACGUGAUUGUGAUCAAUUUUUUCAUACAAAAACAAAACAAUUUGUUGUUUUACAUCCAACUAGUGUUUUUACUUAUGAUCCAGAUAAUCUACUUCCUCCAACUUCAACAAAUUCAAAUAAUAAAAAAAUUGUAUUCAGCAAUCAACAUGAACUUCUUGUCUAUGUUACAUUACUUGAAACAAAUAAACCUUAUAUAAUGAAUGUAAUGCGUACACCAGCAAUGCAAACAUUAUUUCUUUAUGCAUCAACACUUGAAACAAAUAAUGAUUUUACUCGUAUACUUUGUGAUCAAUGGCUUGAAAUAAAAUUUGAAAAUUCUGAAACAGCACAAAGUAUUAUAUCAUCAAUAUUACUUUUACGUAAUGCACGUGAUCUUCUCCUUCAAAUGACAUUACAAGAUUUGAAUAAAUCUCUUGAUAUUGAACUUAUGUCUAAACCACGUACAUAUGAAUUGCAACAUUUACUUUCAAAAAAAAUGACUGAUUUUCUUGAAAAUUCAUGUCUUUAUGCUAUUCGACGUGUUCUACCUGCUGAAUUAGAUACAAUCUAUCGAGCAAAUAUUCAAGAAAAUCAAGAUAAUAAUGAUGAUGAUAUAAUUGUAAAUAAAGAAAGUACUAAAAUUAAUGAAUAUUUAACAUAUAAUUGUCUACGAUCUAAUGAUGAUCAAGAAUCAUUUUGGUCAGAAUAUGCUGGUUCAACAAUGCAAAAACAUUGGAUUUGUCCUUAUUGUAAUGAAGAUAUUCUUGUUACUGUUGCUGAACGUGUUGCACAUGAAAAUCAAUGUCAAUUAAAUUCUUUAUGUAAUAAUGAAAAUCCAAUUUUUAAAUCAACACAAUCAAAUAUUAAUAAAACUAAUAUAUUGAGUAAUUUAACAACAACAACAACAACAACAUCAAGUAUUCCACUAACACAAGAUUAUUAUUGUGACAUAUGUGAACAAACAUUUAAAUUAACAAGUAUAGAAAUAUUACGACAUCGUGGUACACAUCAAACUUAA